CCCUUACUCGCCAGAGGACGCGCUUUCAAAUGAAAUAAAAUGGGAGACGGCGUGGACAUAGAUUUAUAUGAUAAUUUAGACGAAGAAUUCAUACAGCAGGAGACAGAAUUUUCACAUGGAGAUGAUUUAUACGAUGAUGUAAUUACAGCUCCAUCCAGUUCAGAUCCUGCUGAAGUGAAUCAUAAAGAAACAUCAAGUUCAUCAACAUUGCCUUCUUCAUCAAGUUAUACAGGCAAAAAGUAUAUGUUAUAUGUGGGUAACCUUACAUGGUGGACAACAGAUCAAGAUUUAAGUGAUGCAAUUGUUUCUAUAGGUGUAUCAGAUUUGUUGGAUAUUAAAUUUUAUGAAAAUAGAGCAAAUGGACAAUCAAAAGGGUUUGCACUAGUAUCGGUUGGAUCAGAUGCUUCAUCACGAUUGAUAUUUGAUAAAUUAGCAAGACGCGAGUUUUAUGGUCAGGCACCGCAAGUCACACCUUACAGUAAACAGGCAUUAAGUCAGUUUGAGGCUCAGGCCAGGAAAGGAGCUGGUGGGGCAGCAGCUGAUGACCGUAGAAACAGCACAGACUCCAGCCAGACAAAUGUAGAGUUCCCGUUCCCUGGAAAAGGUCCAAGAUUAACUAGACCUCAGACACCAAGGCCACAAUUCAAUCAAAGAAUGCAAAGACCACCUACAAUGGGGGUAAGCGGACCUCCUAACUCAGGUCCCCCAAUGUCUGGUCCACCACCUUCAUUUGUAAACGCAGGUGCCAGACCUCCAUUCAAUCCAACAGGACAUCCUCCUCCUGGUAUGCCACACCAUCAUGGCCCUCCACCACGAUCUGCUGGUCCACCUCCUCGUAUGGUAAGAUAUAAUACACCGCCAAAUAUUCAUAUGGGUAUGCCACCCCAAAGAAAUGGUCCCCCACAAGGCCCUCCAAGAGGACCGCCACCAUUUGGACAGAGAGGACCUCCACCUAGACCUGAAUGGGAAAGACCACCAGGUAACUUUCGAAUGCAAGCCCCAUUUCAUCCGAGAGGACCUCCUCCUGCUGCUGGUGUACCACCACCAGGUGUCAGACCACCAGGUGUACCAAUGAGUGCUGUUCCAGGAUUGCCUCCAAAUCUUCCUCCACCAGUUUCGGCUGCUCCACACAUGGGUGUACCUCCCCCUGCACCACAUGUAAAUCCAGCCUUCUUUCCUCCUCCACACAAUUCAGCUCCACCCCCAGGAGCUAUACCACCUCCCAUUCCUCAAGCUACUGAUCCUUAUGGUCGUCCACCACCUACAGUUUAUCCUGAUCCAUAUGGUCGGCCGCCACCAGCUGACAGAGCAGAUCGUGAAAGAAUAGACAGAGAACGAGAGAGGGAACGAGAACGAGAAAGAGAACGUGAGCGGGAACGAGAAAGAGAAAGACAUGAACCUCCACCUCCAGCACUAACUGAACAAGAAUUUGAAGAAAUAUUUCAAAGAAAUAAAACUGUCUCAAGUUCAGCUAUUAACAGAGCCGUUUCAGAUGCAAGUGCAGGUGAUUUUGCUAGUGCUAUAGAGACAUUGGUUACAGCUAUAUCUCUAAUCAAACAAUCAAAGAUAGCAUCAGAUGAUAGAUGCAAAAUACUAAUCAGUUCAUUACAAGAUACAUUACAUGGUAUAGAGGAGAAAUCAUAUGGCUCAAAAAGUCAGCCAAGAAGAUCACGUUCUAGAGAAAGAGAUCGUGAUAGGGACAGGAAAGAAAGAGGCAGAAGCCAUCGAUCUAGAAGUCGAGAUCGGGAAUAUAGGGAAAGAAGUCGCGAAAGAGAAAGGGACAGAUAUCACGAAGACAGACAUCGUGAUCGGGACAGGGAAAGAGAUCGUGAACGAGAAAGGGAAUACAGAAGACAUUAAUAUAGGUAAACUGUAUAAAAGAUGGCUUUAACCGACUUGUAUUAUCCAUGUGGUACUGUAUCAUGUGAAACAAAUUAUUGUAAUGUGAUUUAAGCUGUAUAUUGUAAAACACCAUGUUCGUCCCAGCGAAACAAAAAAAACAAGAAACUGGAAGAUAAAGCUACAAGAGGAUCUAACAGAAAUAUAUUUAAGAUUGACAUAUUCUAUGUGUACUUGAUCUUUUUUUUUUUUUUUUUGUUUUACUCAUUAAUUUUAAUUUGCACUAAAGUCAUCAUCAUCAUCUCAAGGUUUGGCAAUGUAGUCAGCAUGUUUUUAUUCUUUUUAUUUUUUUUUAUUCUUUUUUUUUUUUUUUACAUCAUGUCCUUUAGUAGAUAUAAUAAAUGUUGAAAUAUAAGAAUUAUCCAUAUUUAUUACAAAAUGUCAGUUUUCUAUAUGUGUAUAUUGAAAUCUCAGGUGUACUAUUUUGGAAAUAUCUCAGGAUUUACUCCUUAAAAUAAUACUUCAUUGUUGACUGAAGAUAUAGUAAUCGUCAUGUCAACACUCCUUGGACCUGUAUCAGAAUUCAAGUUGUUUCCUGGAAAAUUCAAUUAAUCAGAUUUGUAAAGCUCUCACUCAAUAUUUCUGUUUGGAUAACGGACGCUUGGAUAACCAACACUUGUGAUGAAAUAUUUAUUGACAUUUAAGGGAAGGAAGCACAGCAGAAAGUGAUUUAUGGAUGCAUUAUUAUCUGUUUGUAUUUUCAAUAGUAUAUGACAUAAUAACAAAUGAAGAAUAA